UCAUCAGACAGUUACCAUGGUGAUGUAGAGAGACGAGAACCUGCCUCGUAGGACGGAAGCCCCAGAGUUACACCUGAAGUCGCCUCGAUAACCGCGUCGUGUUACAGGAUCUCCGCUGUGUCUCCCGGUGGCGGUUACUCGUUUGAAGACUUGUGCUGGGGGGGCGGGGGCAACACAUUUGUGGCUGAAUUUGUUAUUACUGCGUCGAGGAAGUCGUGGAAACCAGGACAGCCCAUGAAGGAGGUGCUAGCUCCUCCCCUCACUCUGCGAUCUGGUACGCCCCCCCCCCUCCCCCUCCCCCUCCUCCGCCCCCGGAUCCAGCAGCAGCAGCAGCAGCAGCACAGGAGCUGCCGAGCCUCGUCCCUCACCGAGGACAUCCCGACAGCCGGAGUAAAUAGCGAAACACCCGUACAGCCAUGGCAGAGAAGGCCGGCUUGGAGAACCACCGCAUCAAGAGCUUCAAAAACAAGGGACGUGAUGUCGAGACUAUGAGAAGACAUCGAAAUGAGGUGACAGUUGAGUUGAGAAAGAACAAACGAGACGAACAUCUACUGAAGAAGAGAAAUGUCCCGCAGGAGGAGAGUCUGGAGGACUCUGAUGUCGACUCAGACUUCAAAGGACAAAAUGUUACACUUGAUGCCAUCUUACAGAACGCUACCAGUGAUAAUGCGGUGAUACAGCUCAGUGCUGUACAGGCAGCCAGAAAACUGCUCUCGAGUGACAGAAACCCUCCCAUCGACGACUUGAUAAAAUCUGGGAUUCUGCCCAUUUUAGUCAAAUGCCUGGAAAGUGACGACAACCCCUCUCUUCAGUUUGAGGCAGCUUGGGCUCUGACCAACAUUGCGUCUGGGACUUCAGCACAGACUCAGGCUGUGGUUAAAUCCAAUGCAGUGCCCCUGUUCCUGCGACUGCUACACUCCCCCCACCAAAAUGUUUGUGAACAGGCCGUUUGGGCUUUAGGAAACAUUAUUGGUGACGGUCCAAUGUGCAGGGAUUAUGUCAUCUCCCUGGGCGUGGUCAAGCCCCUGCUGUCUUUCAUCAACCCGUCAAUCCCCAUUACCUUCCUCCGCAAUGUUACCUGGGUCAUUGUUAACCUCUGCCGCAACAAGGAUCCACCACCGCCCAUGGAGACUGUGCAGGAGAUUUUGCCUGCCCUCAGUGUGCUUAUAUAUCACAACGAUAUAAAUAUCCUCGUAGACACAGUGUGGGCUCUGUCUUAUCUGACGGACGGAGGCAACGAGCAGAUCCAGAUGGUCAUCGACUCUGGAGUUGUUCCAUUUCUUGUGCCUCUCCUCAGCCAUCAGGAGGUGAAAGUUCAGACGGCGGCUCUGAGGGCAGUGGGAAAUAUAGUUACGGGGACAGAUGAGCAGACACAGGUCGUGCUCAACUGUGACGUCCUCUACCAUUUCUCCAACCUGCUCACACACCCUAAAGAAAAGAUAAACAAGGAAGCUGUCUGGUUCCUGUCCAACAUCACAGCUGGGAACCAGCAGCAGGUCCAAGCUGUGAUCGAUGCCGGAUUGAUUCCUAUGAUCAUCCAACAACUGGCUAAGGGCGACUUUGGCACUCAGAAAGAGGCAGCGUGGGCCAUCAGCAACCUCACCAUCAGCGGGAGGAAAGACCAGGUGAAGUUCCUGGUGGAGCAGAAUGUCAUCCUCCCGUUCUGUAGCCUGCUGUCGGUGAAGGAUUCGCAGGUGGUGCAGGUGGUCCUGGACGGCCUCAAGAAUAUUUUCAUCAUGGCGGGUGACGAAGCCAGCACUAUUGCUGAGAUCAUCGAGGAGUGUGGAGGUUUGGAGAAGAUAGAGAAUCUGCAGCAGCAUGAGAAUGAGGAUAUCUACAAACUAGCCUUUGAGAUUAUUGAUCAGUACUUUUCAGGAGAUGAUAUCGAUGAAGAUCCCAGCUUGAUCCCCGACACCACUCAAGGAGGAACCUUCAACUUUGAUCCAGCUUCCAACAUGCAAACAAAGGAGUUUAAUUUCUAAAAGCCAGGAUAUCUGGUUCGACCAGCUGCACGGGUACUCUGUAAUCACCCCAGACGUUCAUCCAUCUCUCCUCCAACCUGGCAACCUGGUACCAAAGGAUUUACUUAGGAUCACUUCAACAUGGAAACUCACCACUGAAGGAUUUACCCACCUCUGCACUGCGGGGUGUUUUUUUUUUUUCUUUUCACAUCAUUCACCAAACACGGCAUCCAUUCGUAGGAGUCCUGGUCACUCAACAGGCACCAUCACCACCUGACUACCUGCAUCAGGAGGAUCGUCAGUAUCCUCUGCCAGUGCUUCUAAGUAUCAAACACAAAUAAAAAGCAGAAGGAAGGAAAAAGCCUUCGGGGCAAGAUAUAAUUGCCAAAUGUCAAGUUCUCACAAAGACAAAAACACAAGCACAUGUACACACACACACGCGCACACCUUUUGACACGUAGGAUUUGUGUGCAUACUUCUGUUAGAAGCCAUCAUAUCACUUGUUACUUCACCCACGUGCACGCACACUAAUAUUCAAGUACACACACAUCAACACACUUAAGUCACACUGACACCUGGCACCCCGAUAACCCUCUCACCCAGUUUAAAGAGUUAAUCCCAGAGCUAAGCCAUGAUUAUCCACGGACCCCUACUGCCCUCCCAGGAGCGUCCUGGGCAGGUGGAGGUGGUGAAAGGGCUCCAAGGCUAAAAGAGGACUCCGUGGCAAACUGACUGACGGGACUUUUUACUCAGUGGCGUCACUUAUUUUUUUAACGUGACCUGUGUUGAAUUAUCAAACUUAAGUUUGUUUUAAAAAAAAAAACAAAUCAGCAAAAAUGUGAAGAAAAUGCCAUAAUACUCCCCCCCCCCCCCAAAUACAUACGACUUUGAGACCUGCUAAUUGCCUGCUGCUGAUUCAGCAGAGCAACAAUUUUUUUUCUUUUUCUUUUUGGUAUGUGAAUACCUAUCAUGGGAGGAAGCACCUUACAGGGAAGGCGCAGAGACUUGAGAGAAAAGGAACAUGUCAGCUGUAGCGUUUAUCUCCCCCAUAGGACGUCAUUUCUGCAGCAUGAGCUUGGUCACGUCCUCCGACCCAGUGAACUGUGUGCUCGGGACUCCCCUCAAUGUGAAACUCGGAAGGGGGGUUCAACAUCAACAACAACAACAAAACAAACAGAGAGAAAAACGAGCUAAAAUCGACCUGAACUGCUUAUCUGACCUUAAGCUUAUUUUAAUUUUGUUUAUUUUGUAUUUUAUUUUUUAUUCUCUCUGCAAAAAGAUUUUUUUAGAUUCAUGUUUCAUUUUCUUCUGGUCGAGUCUGUGGAGCUUCCAUGUGUCGUUUUUUUUGCAUUCUCCUUUUCUUCAGUCUUAUGCACACGUCUGAGAGGCAUAUCGAUGUCUGCCUGCAGAGAGGGACCGAUACUCAUCGAAGACUAAACUUGUAUAAGGAGUAUAGGUCCUGACAUUUAUAAAACUUAACUACUUUUUUUCGAUGAAGGGGUCACGUCAUCACUCAAUUUAAAUAAUUGUACAAAACUGUAAUGUGUAUCUCUCCUUGCCGUCUAAUGAAUAUAUGAAUAUAUUUACAUAAAGCCUGUACAAAGCUGCUGCAGCUGACAGUCGUUGGAUGGACGAUAACUUUACUGUCAAAGAUGGCUGGGGAGGGAUUGUUUUUUUUUGUUUUUGUUUUUUUUCUUUGAAGCAAUAUUACUUUGUUUCAUUGUUUUUAUUUUUGACUUGCAUACGUAUUGUGAUGACAUGCUGAUGAAUUCGAAACAGGCUGUGUUUUUCUUCUCUUCAUAGUGGUGACGGGCUGUUUUAAAAUGUACCGUCCCGUGUCCCAGUCGGUGUGUAGGUUCGGGAUUUGAGGUGUCAAACUCCGAGCCCAACCCUAAGCCCUGGUCUCGAAGACUUUUACGAUCCUCCGGAUGGCUGCUAACUACUGAGAGGGGGUCAGCGCAGGGGGUGGGCGGGGGGCUAUCACACUGGGGUUUAAAAUAUUGUGUGGGGUUGUUAUGAGCAGCCCAGGCUUGUUUAUGGGACUAGCUGUUUAUUACUGAACAAAAACUAUAGAGAGGGUGUACAGUCAUGAACUAGCAGAAUAGACCGAGCCACUUUAAAGAUUUACAAUUUCGUUGCCUUGUAUCUGAAUUGGAUACAAGCGUUAUGUUUGUUGCAAGAUUUUUACUUGCUGAUGAAAAAGUUUUAAAUGAAAAUAAUAGGAGAGAAGCAACAGACAGCGUUUUGGCCUCUGAUUGUUUAUAUCUUUUUAUAAAUUUUAGAUUGAAUUCUUCUCUUUAAGGUGGCUCAUUGAUGCUUUCAACUCUUGUGCAUAUUAAAGAAAAGAAUGAGUUGAAAAUCAUUGUGCCUUUUGUUUUUCAUUUCAACUAAAACUAGGUUUUAUUGAAUAGAAAAAAAGAUUCUGUGAGCGUCAGGAGAAUGUGCGCGAUGUGGCUACGGUCAUGUGUGGCCCUCCGUGGUGUUGAAGUUUGCCGUCAGUCCUGCUCGCUGCUGUUGAGAGCCACUGCUCCCCUCCGAUCGGAUUCAUGGAACAUUGUAAUGCACCAUUUCUCCCACUCGACUACGCUCCUUCCCCCGAAACAUAACAAACCAUCAUUGCCAUAUUUCAGUCAGGGGAUUUUGAUAUCAUUGCCUCUCAUCUCGCCCUCAGGACAUGAUCUGUGUUUCUGAUCCUAACCAAAAUAAACUUGAUGUUUAGCCACUG